AAGCGGGCGCCAGCGGGCUCAGGCUGGCCAGCCCAGACGCAAGGUUACCUGUACCUAAGCGUCCAGAGGAGCCCGUAUGUGCACAUGUGUAAUCUCCCUUCUGACAAGAUGCACACUCAGUGGUCGUGAGCGUUUUUCCCAGUUUCUUCCUUCUCUUUUAACUCGCCCGAGUUCGCUUCCGGAAGCGAAAACAACAAAGUACGGGUUCGCUGCACCGACCGAUUACCACAUUUAUGCCAGGAGCCCGCAUGACAUAACAGUUAAAUCACAACCCACAACUCACACUCCCCGACGCCGAUCACACUCACUCGCCGACCCGCCAUACCAAGUGCCGCGCUCCGUCCAGUGCUGCCCCUUUUUCUCGAUUUCCGCCUGCUUGACGCCAGAGCCAUCUGUUGACCCGGACGCUCGCGCAUUGAAACCAGCGACCAGGGAGCGUGGAGUCGUGGGCUGUUCCCCAGAGUCGGAACGGAAUCUGCAACCGAGUCCCAGGCUUUGGAUUCGAAUCGGUGCUUUGGUGGUGCUUUGACGAUAGCAGACCGACGGGCUGCACAGCCAGGUCGGCCUUCGAAGGCACCAUGUGGGAUAGGUUCCGAGGGGCCGUCCCCCAGAAGCUGGGACGUUCCCACCAGCAACGUCGAGACUCAAGACAGCAACAGCAGCAGCAGCAGUCACAGCAGUAUGGGGACGUCUUCACGGGCGGGGGAGUAGUGGGUGUCAACGGGGGGUACAGCUGCUCCGUCCAGGGCGGUCCAGCAGCGCGGCGCCCGCCGCGAGAGUUCACCGACCAAAGGGCGCAGUGUUACCCCCACGAGCAGUCCGCAUUUCCCCCAGACCAACCGCUCCGGAAUCCGAACCGAGACUCGGCCCAACUCGAUCCGCCAACAGACGCUCGAUUCCGCCCUGCAUCGUCCAUCUACUCGUCCCAGCCGAGUCCAAUCCAGACCAACUUCGCCCCUGCCGCUCCCAACAGGGUUUACACCUUCCAAGAGUCCAUCGACGUCUCUCCGCCGAGCUCACCAGAACCGUUUACACCGAAUGCGAAUGGAACGUACCAUCCAGUGCCCGACAUAAGCCCGAUCGACGAGGACGAAGAGCCCUACGACGAGAUGCUGCGACAGCAAGGGGCCGCGGGCCAGCGGCAGGCGUCGCGCGGCAACAUCGCCUCGUUGCGCCGCGAGCGCCGCCAGAAGCAGGAUGCCGCAACCGGCGCAGCCCUGCGGGAAUCCAGGUCGCGCGAGCAGAUGAACACCCUACAGCCUCCCCAGCCGCGUAGCGUCUCGGCAUCGAGGAGAGGCUACGCGGGCGGCGAGGUGCGCUGGGACCCGUCAACGGGGGAGCUGACGUCGAGCGAAAAGGGCCGGCCGAGCCAAGUGAAGCCGGCCGAAUACGCCAAGGGACUGGGCCACAGUCCCGAGUCGGAUAGGGUCGGGCGUGGCACUAGCGCGAGCCCCGAGGGCUCGUCUCCGUUUGGGCAGCGCCUGCGGAGGAUUGCGCCGCCGGGCUUCGUGACGAAGGGAGCGGAAAGGAAGGUGUCUGCAGGAGGAGAGAUGAGCCCGUCGGCUCGACGACUGUCGCCAUCGCCAUCGCCGUCGCCGUCGCCGCGGCAUGCGUCGUCGCCCAUGUCGGCCACGGCCUACGACCCCGCAGCAGGCGCCUUCACGACGGAGCGUCCGCCGUGGAAGGGCGCCAGUGGUCGGACGGCGCUGGUCGCCCCAGUGCACGACAACCCAGAAACGGCCCCGCUCAACAUUCCUCGCAAGCGGGGGCCCAAGAGCCCAGCGACGGGCAGCGCUGUGGGCGCUCUGGCCAGUCCUCCUGCAAGUCCGCUCGGAGCUGAAACUCAGCCUCAGUCGCUAGAAUCGACAGCUCGCCAGGCCGCACCUUCGUCCCAACACCUGGCCAACAGCGCUAUCGCUGGCUACCCGAGCCCCCCGUUUUCGGGGCCCGAGGCCGGUUUUCAAUCUGGACCUGAAACAACAAAUCUCCAGACCGCGGCCCUGGGCACCCAGAGCCCUUCAGUCAUAUCCCCCACGUCUGCCAUUCGGCGGAAGCCGGCUCCCACAACAACCCAGUCACAUCAAGCCCAGGACAGUGUCACCUCAACUUCGUCAGAGGGUGACCCCUACAACUACAAGAACUACACAGCGGCCAAUCCGCCCUCGGCUCCGAUGUCAAACGACACCACUGGCGCCGACAGUCUGGGAGUGCCCGACGGCUGGAUUCAACCACCCUCUCGGUUCUCCGUCUCAACUUACGCAACCUCGGCCAACGCCGCACCACGCCCAUCAGCCGACGGUUACUAUGACUACAACGACGACGACGACGACGACGAAGGGUACCACGGUGAUUCCCACGCCACCCUGACGGGCUGGAAUCACAGGUCGGGCACCGAUCCAACAGCCAUCACGGCCGGCACGACCAAGCAGGAGAGCGUCAUGGACCGUAGGAGGCCCAAGCUCCGAGAGAGUGGAGGCAGCUCGCUGGCAGGUGACCAGGACCCCGUCGUCAUCAGCCUCAAGGACGCGCAGUGGUCGACUGGCGCACACAGGAAGCCGCUCGGGCCGGGUGCGGGCAACGGCAGCGCCAGCAGGGCGAGCAGCGGCAGCGAGGGCGACAAGACGCCGACGGGCCCUCCUAAUCUCCUCCACCACCAGCACCACCACCGGCCCGAGUCCAUCAUGUCGACGGCCGGGUCCAUCUACAAGCCGCUGCCGCCGGCGCCGCCCGAGGCGUCGGCGGUGGACCGGGUGGACACCAUCAACGCGCGGCUGCUGGCGCUGGCGAACCGGCGCAUCAACAUAUCGCGGUCCGUCAAGCAGAUGACGGAGCUGAUGCCGACGGACAACAUCAUGGCGUCGGCCGAGGUGCUGCACAAGCGCGAGGUGGAGAGGCGCAAGGUGGACGCGCUCCGCGCCGAGCUGGCCGAGGUGCAGUGCGAGGAGUACGAGCUCGGCAUCAAGCUGCACCGCGCCUAUAAGCGCAUCGACCGCGAGGCGCACUACGAGCCCACGACGCUGUGGGUGAGGCGCGUCACGGGCUGAUUUGGAGGCGGGUGGGGGUUAUUGUUUCCGCUGGCUUGGUUUGGUUUGGUUUUGGCUUUGUUGGGCAGGCAUUUGCAUUGCAUUGGACGGCGUCGCUGUUUGGCCCGACUGUCAUCUCUCAUAAUAGGCCGGUUCUGUCAGAUAAAUCACAUGUCGUCUCCGCUGUAAAUAUCAUGUCCAAGAACACAUUUUGUGUCCCUCCCUGUCUGUGUUCCCUCCCACAAAGUUCGACCCCACCAUCGCGGGAUCGCGA